UACAUGGCAGCAGACGUGGUGCUGGUGCCUUCGCUCAACGAGGUGCUUCCUCUUGUCAUCGGCGAAGCCAUGGCCUUCAACAAGCCCGUGGUCUGCAGCGCCAUCGACGGCAUCCCCGAGGCCGUGGACCACCAAGUGGACGGCCUGCUGGUGCCUCCAGCCGACGCCCAAGCUCUCAGCGACGCCAUCUACAAGCUCCAUCAGAGUCCCGAGCUGCGGAACACCAUCGGCAAGGCCGGCCGCGACCGCGUGCUGCGGCAGUUCUCCUACGACGUGAUGGCGUCCAACUACGACAAGAUCAUGAACAAGCUCAUCAGCAAC